AUGGCCACAGUCACGGAGUACAGCAAGAACGGCUCCCUUCGGACCGAGCGAGAGAAGCUUACAGAACUCAGGGCACCUGCCGACAUCAUCAAUCCCGAACCCGCGAGCUCUGAGAUGGAGGUUACACAAAAGCGGAAAGCUUCGAUAGAAUCCCUUGAUGAAGCGGAAGAAUCAUCAAAAAGAGUAAAAUUCAAUGAUGGCGACCACGGCGAACCACUCGUACAAGACUCGACACAGGACUCGAAGCCGCGCGACGAAGAAUCCCGAGCAAGCACCGCUCGACGAGCGCCUCUAUCAAGGGAUGAAGAGAAGAAGCGGGGCAAGCGGCUAUUUGGAGGUCUUCUCAGCACCCUCAGCCAGACUAAUUCCAGCUCGCAGCACAAGAAGAGGAGGGAGAUUGAGCAGCGACAGCAGGAGAAGGCGCAGAAGCAGAGGGCGGAAGACGAAAAGAGACGGACGGAGAAGCUUGCGCGGAUCACCGAGGCGCGGUGGAAGGAGCAGAUCUUGUUUGACGAGAAGGUCAUGAAAACCCGACAUACCAACAUGCUCGCAAAGGCACAAUCUCUCCGGACGAAAGCAGGACCAUCAAUUUACUAUCGACCGUGGAAGCUUACCAAAGAACAAGAAGACGAGAUUGACGACCAGGUGCAAGAUGCCAAGGACACCAUCGCGAGAGAACUCGAAGCGUUCAAAUAUCGGAAAGAAGAACACGAGAGACGCCAUGGUCGCGCGAGAUCGCCGACGAUGGCCCAGGAGGAGCCUGUGCCCAUGGUCGUAGAAGGACAACCAGCAGAGGCAUUGUCAGAGGCUCCUGCUGAUGCUCCCGCAGCUGACAACCACAUCGUUGCGUCUCCCGACAGAGACAAACAUGAGCGGGAGGCACACGACGAACCUGGUGAUGUCGUGGAAAACGACGAGGAUACGGUCAUUUACUAA